AUGUUCAAUUGCAUCAGAAGAGCUCCGUAUAGUACGGGAGUCACUCAGGAGUUUUUACAGGGAAUUUUACUCAGAGCUCAGGAAGCUACUGCUAAAAAAGCUGCUCCGGCUGUCAAGUCCAGAAAGUCUGCCGACAAAAGAUCUCAGCAGAGGGCCGGUGGUAAUAGUGCUCGUCGCAAUGCUCAGCAGAAGUCCGUAGGCACAAUAACUCCUAGAGUUAAACCAACUUUCAACCAUAGUAUCAUCAACAGACAGCCGCAGUUUAAGAAAAAAGAUGCCAACAGUAUGAAAUCCUCUGCUGCAGCAGAGGAUUUGAUAGAAGCUUUCGAAAGCACUAAUGACUCAGCCAGUAGGGGCAGAAGUAAAAUAAGAACCAGUGCCUCGUCUAGAAGAAAUACUCCCGCGAAAAAGAGAGAAGUGCCUGGAAUGGUCAAGAAGACGAGUUCCGCCAACGUUUGGGCACCUGGCACCAAAAACAUACAAAACCAGGAGGCUUACAUGCCACAGGAGCCCACUUUGGCGUCCUUACUGAAAUUUUAUCCUGGUCUUCCUAAUACGCCGGCCUCGCGUCUUAUCAAUUACUCUUUGGGACUGAUGAAAGCUGCAGAUUUCCCGCUCAAUAGAGAGGCAAACUACGGUGUUUUGGAGAAUGUCAAUGAGCCUCCCAAGAAUGCGACGUUUAGUGUGAAAACACCUAGCUUUGGACAAUAUACAGAGUCGAUGCCUUUAACUUUCGAGAAGGAGAAAAUGUUCAAAAAUCUUUCUGUGAAGGCCGAUCCCGCAAGUUUUGAUUCAGUCGUGCUUGGCAUAUACCAGCAACUGGCGCCAUUGGAUGCCGAGCAAUUCAAAUCGGUCACUCACGAUAAUGUCAAGAGGAAAGAGCUGUUGAGCAAUAGUCAAAUCGUCAGACAAAGCUUGCAAGGCGUCAAUAUAAGCUCUGAAAGAAAGCAAGCAAUCUAUCAAGUUUGCUCUGGUCUGGCACCAAUUGCCGAACUGACUCAAUAA